ACGAGACUACCACUACCUUCUCCACCAAAAGCAUAAAAUCUACGAGACAGAUUACUGGAACAACCUUUUCAAGCUUUCUGUACCUCCCCUCCAUAUUCUUUAUUGUCUGUUUGAUCGAACUCGUAAAACAAAUAAAGAUACUUUUUUUUGUUUAUUUAUUUUCCGCCUCUGGUCUGUUUUCUUAGCAAAGCAGUAUUUUGAGGAUUCACCCAAAAAAGAAGGGGGAGAAAAAAAGAAAAAAAAGAAAGAGCAGUAUUUUGAGGCCACAUUUGUUCCUUUCUUGUAAAACCCAAAUAGUGUUUGGUGUAAAUUUUGAUCAUUAUCUAUGAAACGAGGUUACUCAGAAUCGUCAUCCACCUCUCUCGGGCCACCUCAAUCCAGAUUCAAACACAACCCAGAAGGUGAUGCACAAUUUUUAGAGGAUGAAAGCACAAAGAUUUUUGCUCGUAAAGUGGCCGACCAUUACAGCGCAAGGACAAAUCAAACUCUUGAAGAACGAGAAAACAGCCCAAUCAUCCAUUUAAAGAAACUUAACAAUUGGAUUAAAAGCGUCUUAAUUCAACUCUAUGCUCGCCGUGGAGAUGCAGUUCUUGACCUUGCCUGUGGCAAGGGAGGUGACCUCAUCAAAUGGGACAAGGCAAAGAUUGGAUAUUAUGUUGGAGUUGAUAUAGCUGAGGGUUCUAUAGAGGAUUGCCGUACUCGCUACAAUGGUGAUGCUGAUCAUCAUCAGCGCCGUAAAAGGUUCACUUUUCCUGCCCGCCUCAUAUGUGGUGAUUGUUACGAGGCUCGCUUAGAUGAAGUUCUGGCAGAUGAUGCACCAUUUGAUAUUUGCAGUUGCCAGUUUGCAAUGCAUUAUUCAUGGUCUACUGAGGCACGUGCACGACGGGCCUUGGCCAAUGUAUCAGCUUUACUUCGUCCCGGUGGUACUUUUAUUGGUACAAUGCCAGAUGCCAAUGUGAUUGUCAGAAAGCUCAGAGAAGCUGGAGGAUUGGUCUUUGGUAAUAGUGUCUACUGGAUCCGUUUUGAUGAAGAGUUCUUGGAAAAGAAAUUUAAAUCUUCAAGCCCCUUUGGAAUCAAGUACAAGUUUCACCUCGAGGAUGCUGUUGAUUGCCCUGAAUGGAUUGUCCCCUUUCAUGUUUUCAAAUCAUUGGCAGAAGAGUAUGAUUUGGAGCUAGUUUUUGUGAAGAAUUCACAUGAAUUUGUACACGAGUAUAUGAAAAAACCAGAAUAUGUGGAGCUCAUGAGGAGGCUUGGUGCCUUGGGUGAUGGCAACCAAGACCAGAGCACGCUGUCACCUGAUGAAUGGGAAGUAGCUUACUUGUACUUGGCAUUUGUGUUGAGGAAGCGAGGCCAACCAGACCGGACACAAGCAAAUGCAAAAAGAGACAAAGGACAAAUGCAUAUAUCGAAAGAGGACAUCACAUACGUAAAUAGCAGUUAGAGCAAUGGCCAAUUAUGUCUUGGAGGGCUUUGCAUAAAUCCAUUCUGGAAGUGGAGAAUAACAAAGGGCUUUGUGGCAUAGAGCAGCAACCUGCUUCGGCAAAUGGGAGGGCACUUCUUAUCUUCCUCUCCUCUUUCACAAGCUUCUUGAAAUGGAGAUAACUAUUCAAUUUUGCAGAUUCAUAUAUACUAAUAAUGUAAUAAUGUAAUUUUGACUUUGUACCCACUGCUUCAAAGGACAAAGUCAUAUAUAAAAGCAUUUGAUGGAAUAGGAAGUUUUAACUGUGACUGCUAGCAUAAUGUUGCAGAAUUCUGAAGUCACUUAGUUUGGCUGCACUGUAAUCACCACGAUGAUACAAUAGUCAUGUGAAAUUCACACUUAGUUAUAUCAUUGAAUUUGCCCCCUUUAAUGUUUCUUAUUUGUUUGUUUUUCAAGAUGGGGGUUUAGGAUACUUUUUGUCUUGUUUCGAGAAAAUAGGCAAGCCACUUUACAUUUUA